UCCGGCUCAAGCCUGGAAGUCCUGGGAACUGCGCCCUCUUCCGGCCUCUGCCGGAGGCUCAAGGUGUGCGGGUGGAGGGGGGCGGGGCGGAGGGGAGACGGCCCCUCCCUCCUCCAGCCCCCGCCCUCGCCCUUGGCUAGUACCCGCCCCAUGAGGGUGGAGGGAGCUCGGCCCGGCUGGGCCGGGAGAGCAUCGAGUCACCCGCGCCUUGGGGGAUUGCGGCUCCCUUUGUUCCAGUGCGGUCCCUACUCGGGCCCGUUGUGCCCUCAGGUCGCUAGGGGAGUGGGUGGGCGGGCAGGCGAGAUGGACGCUUUCAUUAGCUUCACCAACCAGACUCAGGGCAGGGACCGGCUCUUCAGAGCCGUUCAACACACAUGCAUGUUGCUUAUAUAUUUAUUAGAGCCUAAGGCUGAUAGAAAGAAGGUGGUAAUGAAGCUCAAGAAACUGGAAUCUAGUGUGAGCACGGGCCGUAAAUGGUUCAGACUAGGUAACAUGGUACAUGCUGUCCAGGCAACUCGACAGAGCAUCCAUGCGUCUGAUCUUGUGCCCCGAUUCUGCCUAACAAUAGCCAACUUGAACCGUGUGAUUUACUUUAUCUGUGACAGCGUCCUUUGGGUGAGAAGUGUAGGACUCGUUUCUGACAUCAACAAGGAAAAAUGGCGAAAGUGGGCUGCACGUCAUUACUACUAUUCUCUCCUCCUGUACAUCAUCAGAGAUGUAUAUGAGGUCUCCCUACAAAUGGAGCAAGUUGCAUGGGAGAAGGCAAAAAGAGAAAAAUCAAUGCCCGAGAACCAUCUAGGACCUUGUGUAGCUGAUGAAGAAACAGAGUGGCUCCAGUCCUUUCUCCUUCUCUUGUUUCAGUCCUUAAGGAAGCAUCCCCCCCUGCUAUUGGACACAGUGAAGAACCUCUGUGAUAUCCUGAAUCCUUUGAACCAACUUGAUAUUUAUAAGUCUAAUUCUGGAAUCAUUGGACUGGGAGGCCUCCUGUCCUCCAUAAUAGGCAUGAUAACAGUGGCUUAUCCACAGAUGAGAUUAAGGACUUGCUGAAGUUCUUUUGUGUUAGGUCCUAACACCUAAUUGAAAAGGUGACCCUCUGAGUGGGAUGGGCACUUUGCCUGUGGCUGAGAAAAUGUCACAUUCAAUGUGUUUAAACCAGUUUUUCACAGUGUCCAAUUCCCUCUGCUUAUGUGGGUACACACACUAUAUGUGUAUGUAUUCCUCUGUCAUUUUCCCCACUAAAAAAAAAUAAGUUCAGAGUAGUCUCUGAACCUCCCUUGAAGGUUGUUUUGAGGAUCCAAUGAGAUAAUAUUUGUAAAAAGCACCUAUCACUGUGCCUGACACAUAGUAGAUGCCAUAUAAAUACCUAUUUUUUCCCCUUUCUCCUGCCUCCCACUAUUGAGGGAGGACAUAACUGAGUUUACAAUUCUUAAACCCUCUACCCUCCUCAUCUGAAGUAUAAAUUAGGUCCAUAAAAUAAAAGUCUUUGAGUGGGACAUCUGAUGUGUAAGAACUAAUGACAGCAUAGAAAGACUCACUCUAUUGAUGAAGAUUUUAGGAAACUCUGCUUUUUUAAAUUUCAGGUUCUUUACCCCACAAAAAGUAGAGUAAGCUCCAUGUAUUAAUUAUAGAUAUCCUUCAAAACAUGAACUCACAACAGCCGUGUCUAAGCUACCAAAUUUAAUGCUAGGUUCCAUCAUUUGAUGGUUAGUUGGUCUACAAAUAAUUGCUUUCACAAAAUGAAAUUCUGUUAAUCUAGAAGCUGAGCAUGGGUAAGCCACUCACAAUUUUCUAUGAUAAUCAGGUUUUUAAGCUUAUAGGGUGUGGGGUGUAGAUUGUUACUGGGGGAAAGAGGGGAGCAGAGAGCAAGAAGAAGAGGGAAGGAUGUAAGGAGUAAAGUGGUGGGGAAAGGAAGAUAAUCAUUAAAAAGCAUUAUUUAUUAUGAUCAGAUUUUGAGUAUUGAGUUAUAAUGAGAAGCAGGUUUUGAUGUCAUAUGCUCUGUAGCAGCUGCCUUCCGUAGGCCUUGAGUCACUGACGGAUAUAUGCUAGUUCUGCUCUUGCCCAUAUCAUAGGAUUGAAGUGAACUAGAUAUGGCACAUCAUCAGUUAAGGAGUUGGUAAGUGCUUCAGUCUAGUGGUCUAGUUUGCUCCUUUGAGUGGUUCUCAAAAACAAAAAAAAAUGUUUAAUAGGCCGUAUGAAUUCAACUUACAAAAGAAAUUUGACUCCUACUCUUGAAGAGCACGCUCAAGUCCAUGGCUUAACUCCAUUUCUUAGGCGAGGCACCAGCCCUGGAAAAGAGAUUGGGUUUGGGAUUUUUUAAGUAAAAUGGAAAAUGUCAGGUGAAGACAAAUUUUCUCAGUAACCCUAUUUUUACAUCAUGAUGUUCAAUUGUAAUAUAAAUUAAUUAUGACUAAUAAAUUGUUGGACUGAUUUGAA